UUACGUUAAAGAGUCGAGCCUGGUUCUGUUAUGUCUUCGACGAUGAAACAAACUUCCUCAGAGCGAGAUUUAGUGCAGUGGUGAGAGAUGGCAGCGGAAGAGAUUGGGAAGUGAAAUUCAAGAUCUGUUGUUAAGUCCCAAAAGCAGCAAUUCCAGAAUCCAGUGACUGUGGUUUAGUCACCCAGCUUCACUCUCUGAACUAGACUGUGCAGUGGGAAAGGAAUCGAGGCAUUUCAAAAGAGACAUUGGCUGACCUGGUGUGUUGGCCCGCUGGAACUAUCGCUGGUACAAGAAGCUGGCAGACUCGAAGGUAGGAGCAUUGGCAGUGCCUAGUGCGUUGGCACCAGCUGAAGGCGAGUGACCCCCACAUUGACGGGUCUCUGCCCCCCCCGCCCACUGCGUAUGGUGGGACUAUGAGAUGGAGAAGAGGAAACACAUUCGAGCAGAUUUCCCUGUGAAAGUAAUCACCAGCUUAUUGCCCAACACCAGCUUACAUGUUAUUACCAAAGAUAUCCAGGAGUGUGAAGGAGCCAUUGUAAAUGAUGUGAUCAUGGACAACACAAACAGAAACACGGUUAGCCAAAUGAAAAAAUCGCAGAAAAUUAUUCAGAACACCCCUCUGGACCUUAUUGACACCGGCAAGGGGCUGAAGGUACAAACGGACAAGCCUCACCUGGUUAGCCUGGGCAGUGGCCGUCUCAGCAUCGCUGUCACAUUGCUUCCUCUUGAAGAAGGGAGGACCACGUUUGGCAGUUCUGAUUGCCCUCCACAGGACAUUAGCAUCCAAGGACCCGGCAUUGCUAACCAGCAUUGCUGCAUCGAAAACCGAAAUGGAGUAAUAACACUGUAUCCGUGUGGGAACCUGUGCAUGGUGGAUGGAGUUCAGGUGACCCAGCCGAAACGCCUGUCCCAAGGGUGCAUGCUAUGCUUUGGUCAGUCAACAUUCUUCCGUUUUAACCACCCAGCCGAGGCGUCCAGGAUGAAGAGCAUGAUGUCCGGGAACCGGAACACUCCCGUCUCCUACUGCCAUUCUCCAGAUUCCGCUAGCCUGGUAAAUGGCAACCAUCAAACUCCGCUUAAUGAAGGUUCAAGUAAUCAACUUGGAGCCCAAGUCACUCAUAGCUCAUUGGUCAGCUCCAUUGAGAAGGACCUACAAGACAUUAUGGACUCUUUGGUGAUGGACGAUGCCACGUCCCCUGGGAAAAAGCAGACAGUCAAUGCCCAGUCCCCUUUGUCUCCCAUGGUCAACGGAGGUGGCAGGUACCUCCUGUCGCCACCCCUGAGUCCCGGUGCCAUGUCAGUGGGUUCGAGUUACGACAACAUGUCGCCGCCCUUCUCCCCCCUGUCAUCUCCGAGUGCGGCCAGCAGCAGCAGCUACACCAGCUACUCCCCGGGCAGUCAGGAGCAGGCACCCCUCGUGCCUCCCACUGUUCCUGUCAGAUCUUCAAGUUACAACCACACUGUACAGCCCCCAGGCCUUAGGCCUGGGCCUAACUACAGUGGAGCACCUACUGAGCCAGGCAAGUGUAAUGGCCUCAGUCCAGGGAGCCAGCGAGUGCCGGACAGUCCGCGUGCCCAUAGGAAAGGAGCCAAUGUCCAGGAGACCCCACCAAGUCCCACGGUCAGCCGGAGAGCCUUCCCACUGGACGGUUUCCCCUCAGCAGUGCCCUCCGAUGCCAGGAAAGUGCCAGAAAGUCCAAAGUUUUCUCAUCCAAGUCACAACGUUCCAUCAGUAUCUGUGAGCCCCAGCAGUGGGGGUCCCAGAGUCCCCGUUCUGACAGUUCCUGGCAGUCCUAGAUUUGGAGGCAAGUCCCACCCAAUCCCUAGUCCCAGGUCCAAGGUGGGUGGCUCCCUUCAGGAACGGCCUCCGAGUCCUUUCCGAGAGGUUAAGGAAACUCCGAUGGAUCGAGCCAUCACUUGCAGCCCGUCCAAGCAGAUGUCCCCACGGGUUUUCCAGCCAGUGGAGAGUGUGGGACUUGCCCACGUCAACCAACCUGUCCAGCUACAUCCCAGAAACCUUCAGCCCUCUGAGAGUCCCCGACUGGCUCGAAGGAGCCUGGAGAGUAUGAGAGACCUGCCCCCAUUGAGUCCCUCUAUGUCCAGGAAGGCUUCACCGCAUUCUCCGUUUUCCAAUCUGCCAACCUCGCCUCACCAAAGGCCCUGCCGAGAAGGAGUUCGCCAUGAGACUCCACCUCCCCAGGGGAAAGUCGUCAAGGAGACGCCAGAAAGUCCGCGACUUCGACGGAAGCAUUCGUCGGGGGGUUCGUCAGAGAGGAGUGAGGACUUCUCGUCCCACAUCGUGCCGAGUCUAACCUUGCUGAGCAGUGGGAGGAGGGUCCGAGACCGAAGUCCUUCCCCAACGCUGCUGUCCGCUGACCUCCCAAGGAAAGUGUAUGGGAGCAGCGUGACCCCCGCCCACAGCCUGACCUCGCUGGCUGUGUCCACGCCAUUACAAAGCCCACGGCUACAGAGGAAGACAGCAGGGGACGAGAGGACACCAGUGACUCGGCAGCGGAAGAACAGUAUUUCCGAAAUCAGUGACAAUGAGGAUGAGCUGCUGGAUUACCACCGCCGACAGAGGGAGGAGCGAAUCCGGGAGCAGGAAAUGCAGAUGCUGGAGCGACAGCGUCUUGAAACCAUCCUGAACCUGUGUGCGGAGUACACCAAGACUGAUGUGUCCAGUGGCCCCGACAUGGGCAGGAUGACCCCGCACAGUGAGCAGCUCCACAUCGAAGAGCAGGGAUUCUACCCCAGAGUGGCGGACUCUGCUCCCACCAGCACCACCAACGUUAGCAGCAGGGGCACCUCGAUGGAGCGCAGUGGGACGGGCAAAGGGUUCAGGGAGCAGGUGGCCGAACCCAACCCUCAGAAACCACGAGAGGCUCUGGAGAGGUCGGAGGAGGAGAACCUGAAGGAGGAGUGCAGCAGCACCGAGAGCACGCACCAUGAGCAUGAAGAUUCUGCGAGCAGUCACUCAGUCCAGCAGGCUGUCUACCUGGAGGAGCAGAGACUCCGAAUCCUCGCGUCUGUGGACGAACUCAAGCAGAGGAUUAAAGAACUUGAUCAACAACUUGAGGAAUCCAAUCACGAGGCGGAGAUGGAGCGAGCUCUGCUUCAGGGAGAGCGGGAAUCGGAAGUUGCUCAAAUCCGGCAGGAGCAGGAAAUCAUUGCGCAGUUGGAGGAAAAACUCUCGGAGUUGGAGAGCAACAUCCAGAGAGAGAAAGAGAAGGAAAGGGUAAAGCUUGAUGCUGAGGAAAGAGAAGUGCAGAGACUACAGUCGCAUUGCCAUGAGUUGAAGAGCCAGCUUGAUAACUGCCCUGAAUCAAUGAGGGAGCAGUUACAGGACCACCUCAAAAGGGAAGUGGAGACUCUCGAAUCUGAAGCCAAACUCUUUGAAGACUUGGAGUUUCAGCAGCUGGAGAAGGAGAGUCGCUUGGAAGAGGAACGGGAGACGGUGAGCCAGCAGCUCCAGCAGGACAAGGCUGAAUACCAGCGCAGUGCCAUGCGGAGAAAGGACAAGGUUUCUGCUUUAGAGAAUCAAGCCAAUCAGAUUCGCUAUCAGGCUCUCCAGGAAUGUGAGAGGUUGACCAGAGAGAAAAACGCAAUGAUGCAGUUACUUCAGAAGGAAAAAGACAAACUGGCCAAUCUGGAAAAGCAGUAUUUCAUGGUGACUGGAGGAAAAGCCUUUCCCAAAGGCUCAACAGCACUAAAGGAGGAAAUGCUUCACAUCACAGAGCCUAGCGACAUAUUAGAGGAGCCUAACCCCCAGCAUUACCUCCCAGGAAAGGCAGCUUCUCUAUUCCCCUCUCCUUCCAUCCCAGCGUACUCCAAGAUCCAGGAGGAAUAUAUGAAACUGGCUGAUGUGUUUAAGUUCUACAGUGACAUUUACAGCACAAGGCCUGAUGCUACUUUCUGUGCUUCUGCUCUGCGUUCGCUCCAGCUUCCUGUAGCCCCACCACCCCGCGAGGAAUACGUUACCAUAGAUCAGCUUAAGGAGUUGUACGGUACUUCAGCUGGGAGCUCUGUCCUUAUUCCAUUCCACACUAAUCCAACCUCUUCUUCUCUGACUCUCUGCACUGAGGGCUCUCUGUCCUUGCCACCUGCUGCCUCUACACUAUUUGCAGCUGAGCAGCAGCCUACCAGCAGGCUGCUGACCUCUACUCUGGAGCUAGAGCGAUGGUACCAAGAAAUAAUGGCUAACUUUGAGGCCUCAGCUUCUCCACCUCCAAUUUCCUCCCCUUCUCCUCCUCCUCUUCCAGCUAAAGCUCAUUCCUCACGAAGAUACACCCAGGUUUACCGAUCCAAGAUGGAGAGCGAAGGAUCUGGCACCCUGCCUCGGACGAAGAUGGGAUCUUCCCCCUCCUCACCGUUCACCGCAUCAACUCUUGGCCGAAACCUGAUGUCGAAGACCCCUGUGGUGGCACAGAAUGGCACCGGCAGUUUACCACGGAAUCUUGCUGCUACUCUGCAAGACAUCGAAGUGAAGAGACAGUUGGCACUGCAGCAGAAAGAAUCAAUAGGGAUAUCCAAAGCAGACCACAGGAGAGGUCACCAGGUGAUUGAAGAACAAAGGCGGCGAUUGGCUGAGCUGAAGCAGAAGGCUGCAGUUGAGGCCCAAUCACAGUGGGAAGCCUUGCACGGUCAACAGUCGCCAAUGUUUGGCCAAUCCUACUCCAUGAGUGGACAGCCGCAGUCUCACCUCAUCCACCACAGCAUCCUCCACCACCAUCCACAGCCUCUCUCCACUCAACAUGGCAUUGAUUUGGAGCAUGCCUUUGACACGCUCAGUCUAGAAAGUUCUGACAGCUUGGAGACCAGUGUUUCCACGGGCAACUCGGCCUGUUCACCUGACAACAUGUCCAGUGCCAGUGGGGUCGAUGUCUCAAAGAUCGAGGAGAUGGAGAAGAUGUUGAAGGAGGCGCAAGCUGAAAAGGCACGACUCUUGGAGACGAGGGCUCGCGAGAUGGAAGUGCGACGUCAGGCCUUUGAAGAGGAACGCAAGAGGCGGGAAGAGCUGGAAAAGAGGCUCCAGGACGAAACCGACCACCGGCAGCAGCUCAUCGACAAAGAGGUCAAGAUGCGGGAGAAACAUUUCUCACAGGCACGACCUUUAACUCGGUAUCUACCAAUCAGGAAGGAGGAUUUCGACCUACGAUCCCACAUCGAAUCGUCCGGCCACAACCUAGAAACCUGCUACCAGGUGGCUAUCUCUGAGAAGAUGUGUAAGGGUUACCUCACAAAAAUGGGCGGGAAAAUCAAAUCUUGGAGAAAGCGGUGGUUUGUCUUCGAUCGCAUCAAGCGGACAUUGUCUUAUUAUGUGGAUAAACAUGAAAGUAAAUUGAAGGGAGUGAUUUAUUUUCAAGCUAUCGAGGAGGUUUACUAUGACCAUCUCCGGAGUGCCUCAAAGAAGGGAUAUUUGAACCUGCAUAGAAUCAAUAGUCCCAACCCGAGCCUCACAUUCUGCGUGAAGACACAUGACCGAUUGUACUUCAUGGUGGCCCCCACGCCGGAGGCAAUGCGGAUUUGGAUGGACGUGAUUGUCACCGGUGCUGAGGGCUACACGCAGUUCAUGAGCUGAGAGGCAGAGAGGACUGGGUUCCUGGUUGGAGCCAGUUGGCAUUGAGCCGGGGCCUUUGUGGAACUGUCCUGUCCUGACCCAACAGGGGAGGUGGUGCUGCCUGUCUUCACUGGCUGUCUCUCUGUCUGUCCGCCUCACUCGCUCUUUCUCUCUCUCCGUCUCACGUCCUCUCUGGUUGAACAACGGUAAACCCAGUCCUGUCUCCCCACAAGGUGUUUGAGAAACCAGCCAAUCAUUUACAGAAGCAUUUUCACCAGAAUAAAAGACCGACUUCAAAGCAGGCGAGAGAAAAGUCUUCACCUGCGGACAAUAAAAGGGAAUGAACCUAUGCAAAGUCUCCCGUGCAGUUGUAAUUUUCCAAACGGGUGACGGACAGAGGCAAAAGGAUUCUUACGAAAUAAAAUGGGAAGGAACAAACACAGAAAAAUAAAACUGAACACCCGGCAGGAAACCAGAGCCAGACUGUGAAAUAGAAAGGACCUUUUCCGUGGGUGACUUUGUGAAUCUGCAAAUGUGGGUUGAUUUGGAUGCUGUUAUCAGGACUUGGCACAGCUGCCCUGCCCCAGUGCCUGGAUGUGUGAAGGGCCCUUGGCAGAAACAUUCAAUCUCCCUCACGAAACGUGUGCAAAUAGAAACAUGCUCUUUGUGUACACACACGUGGACUGACCACUGUCACCCCCUUGACACCAUCAACUCGACAAGGUGGCUGAAGUCUGUAGACGAGGAGGGAGGAAGAUUACAGACACUCCCUGAUGUGCCUUUCAAACUUUGGUGCAGGGAUUUCAUGUACUCAGACUUUGGAGAUGUUCUUGGCAUGUAGCAGCAUUUCUUGGGUGCAGAAUCAGGGAUUGAAAUUGAAAUUGGUUCCCUUUGAUCAAAUUUUGAUUUUUAUUGUUGACUUUUCUCAAUUCAGUGAUUGCAACAGCUCACCUUCCCAGUGCAGAAGAACUUACCUCAACACCUCGAGUUAUUUUGCAGGAGGAGAGCAGAAAUCUGUUUCUCUGUGGAUUUUCUUUUGUUAAUAUGUAUCACGAAACCUGUUAAGCUACUGUCUCCUAUAUUGUGCCAUAUUUUGCUUAACAUGCCAGUAAUAAUAUUGACUGGUCUUCAUUUACCUAGUUCAUUUAGAUCUUGCCAAUAUCAAACCGUGGCCAAAAAGGAAGGGGAACUGAGUUUGGAAGGAACGUGUAAAUGUUUCUGAAAGACAAGUGAAGUGGUUGGCAAGAUUUUGUUGGUUUGUAGUUCACGUUGGACUUGUCAAUUGGAAAGACAUGAUCACCUCAGUGAAGAUACUGUCGGAGCUCUCUCCUUGUCUCGUUAACAAAGUGUGGUCCUGGCUUAGACUCCAGCCAAUGUUGUAGGAUGUUGCUUUGCCAAUUUCUGGGCAACAACAGGCCCAAUUCAACGCUUGGUGUAAUCAGCACCGGCUGAGUGGACCAGUGAUGUGCUUCAGGUCCAAGAGCCGACCUCAAUGCCCCUGGGCCAGGCACAGCAAGAUCCCACUAUAGUCCUCACUCCUCAAAUGCCAUCAAAAGGAAGUCAAGAGAGGACAUGAGACUGCCGCUGUGGUUGAAUAGUCCACUGCUGUUUUUUUGUGGACCCCCAUGAAUGAUGGGUAGUUGACCUAUUCAGCAGAGCAAGAUCCCAGAGUCCACGGUGAUUUCGCCAGGUAUCCUGGUUACAAGACCAGACACCAUUUCUCAUUACUCUGCAGUAACUCUUGUUGAUGUGGGUUCAGAUUUUUGGAUGAAUAAAUUACAUUUAUAUCUUUUA